GGCUGGGCGCACGUCGAGGGCUGCGGCCACCGCGCAGGGCACGGCCGUGGGCCCGGGAUCUCAGCGACUGGACAGAGGUCCAGCUGUCGGGAGGGCGGAGAGCCGCAGGGCCUGCAAAGAUGCUGGCUGUCCCAGAGGUGGGCCUGCAGGGACUGUACAUCGGCUCCAGCCCAGAGCGCUCCCCAGUACCCAGCCCUCCCGGCUCCCCGAGGACCCAGGAAAGCUGUGGCAUUGCCCCCCUCACACCUUCGCAAUCUCCAAAGCCUGAGGCCCGAACCCCCCAGCAGGCUCCUUUCUCCGUGGUGGUAGCCAUCGACUUUGGUACCACAUCCAGUGGCUAUGCCUUCAGCUUUGCCAGCGACCCUGAGGCCAUCCACAUGAUGAGGAAAUGGGAGGGCGGGGACCCAGGUGUAGCCCACCAGAAGACCCCUACCUGCUUGCUGCUGACGCCGGAGGGUGCCUUUCACAGCUUUGGCUACACGGCCCGGGAUUACUACCACGAUCUGGACCCUGAGGAGGCACGCGACUGGCUCUACUUCGAGAAGUUCAAGAUGAAGAUUCACAGCGCCACUGAUCUCACCUUGAAGACCCAGCUAGAGGCUGUAAAUGGAAAGAAAAUGCCUGCCCUGGAGAUAUUCGCCCAUGCCCUGCACUUCUUCAAGGAGCACGCCCUUCAGGAGCUGAGAGAGCAGUGCCCAUCGCUGCCGGGGAAGGACGCUGUGCGCUGGGUGCUGACGGUGCCUGCCAUCUGGAAACAGCCGGCCAAGCAGUUCAUGCGGGAGGCUGCCUACCUGGCUGGCCUGGUGUCAAGAGAAGAUGCAGAGCAACUACUCAUCGCCCUGGAGCCCGAGGCUGCCUCUGUCUACUGCCGAAAGCUGCGCCUGCACCAGCUCCUGGACUUGAGCACCCGGGCCCCGGGUCACGGGCGCCUGGGUGAGCGUCGCUCCAUCGACUCCAGCUUCCGCCAGGCGCGAGAACAGCUGCGAAGGUCCCGCCACAGCCGUACAUUCCUGGUGGAGUCAGGUGUCGGAGAGCUGUGGGCAGAGAUGCAAGCAGGAGACCGCUACAUGGUGGCAGACUGUGGGGGAGGCACAGUGGACCUGACAGUGCACCAGCUGGAGCAGCCCCAUGGCACCCUCAAGGAACUCUACAAGGCAUCUGGUGGCCCCUAUGGUGCUGUGGGGGUGGACCUGGCCUUCGAGCAGCUGCUGGGCCGCAUCUUCGGGGAGGAUUUCAUUGCCACUUUCAAGAGGCAACGGCCAGCAGCCUGGGUGGAUCUGACUAUCGCCUUCGAGGCCCGCAAACGCACGGCAGCCCCACACCGCGUGGGGGGGCUCAACAUCUCUCUGCCCUUCUCCUUCAUCGACUUCUACCGCAAGCAGCGAGGCCACAACGUGGAGACGGCCCUGCGCAGGAGCAGCGUGAAUUAUGUGAAGUGGUCCUCCCAGGGGAUGCUCAGGAUGACUAGUGAGGCCAUGAACGAGCUCUUUCAGCCCACCGUCAACGGAUCAUUCAGCACAUAGGUGAGUCCCUGAGCUUGGGUCCUCCAUUCACCCCCACAUACACA